CUCUUCAACAAUACCAGCAACAUCGUCGAUUUGCAGCGAUUCUUGUGGUGACAUGGUUGCUAGGGUGCGUGGUGACGCUCGCUGCAAGGUUUUGGUGGGAGCGCACGGGCCGCCCCUGUGUGUUGUUUUUCUAAUGAAACUGUUUGUGUUUUUAAUGGGGUCGGCCAGAAGGAGGUGCAAGCGCAGGACAGGGUCUCUGCAGGUGCUGCUGGUCCAGAUAGCCUUGAGGUUGAACCCAGCACCAUGGCGAUCCUCGCUUUCCAGAGUGCUUUCCCACAUCUGCAUCCUCCGAGAGCCACCUCGCAGGUGCCGGCCGCGCACGCCCACCAGAGGAAAUAUCGCUGAACCUACUUAACCGUCGGUUAAGCUUAGGUAGCACCUCCAGCUGUUAGCUCCCUUGAUCCGUCAUCCGCGGGUGAGCUCAUCAUGGCCCCCGCCCCCGACGCGCCGACGCCGGCCCAAAUCGCGCCUCCCGGUGCUCUCGUCACGCAGGCGCCGUCUGCCCGCGCUUUGGAACAGCAACUGCGGGCCUACGCAAACCUCCAAGCCCGCAGCACCAUAGGAUUACCGGUCCAGUCGUGCGCGGUCGCGUGCAUCAACUCGGUCGUUACCAAAUCGACGCUGUGCUCGAUCGGCGACGUCGCCUGCGAGUGCCGGACCGAGAAUGCCCUCAUCAUCGAGGACGGCGCACUCGCCUGCGUGUUCCAAGCCUGCGGGCCUGCUGUGGCUGGCGGUAAGUUUGACGUUUCUUCGCCGCUGACUUUGUGCG